AUGUUUAGGAAGAAUAAGAUUGGUAUUAGUGGUCUAAUGGAAACUAAAUUACGAGGUAAUAAAAUAGAUGAGUUCAUGGGACAUCGAUUUCCUAAUUGGGAUUAUUAUUCCAGCCCAAGUAUCGAAGGAAGAUUGUUAAUUCUUUGGCGGAAGGGAAUAGCUAAGUUGAGUAUCUUGGAAGACUCUUCUCAGUUGGUUCACUGUCAAGUUAAGUUGAUUGGUAUCCAUAAUGUUUUCUAUGUUACGUUUGUGUAUGGGUUUAAUUCAGUUGAUAGUAGGAGGAGCCUUUGGUGUGAUCUAACUCGCAUUUCGCUUUCUGUUAAAGCUUGGCUGGUUCUUGGGGAUUUUAAUGCCCCUUUUCCAGGUGAUGAUAGGUCUGGUGGCUGCUCUAUAACUAGUGGUGAAUUGGUUGAUCCUAUAGGGUGGAAAACUACUGCUAAAAUUGAAUCUAUCAAGAGCACGGGUUCUUAUUUCACGUGGACAAACAACCAAGAAGGAUUAGCUAGGAUCUUCUCCAAAAUUGAUCAUGCUCUCAUAAAUGAAGAGUGGCUGGAUAGUUUUCUGCAUUGUUUGGUUGUAUUUAAAUGGGAGGUGGUGUCGGAUCAUUGCUCAUGUAUUAUAUCUAAUAUUCCUCUGGAGGCUAUGGGAACAAAACUUUUUAGAUUUUAUAAUUUUUGGUCUUGUCACCUUGAUUUUAUUCAAUUGGUGUUGAAUAGUUGGAGAGCCCCCGUUCAUGCUACUGGUUUGAGGGCGAUUUUUACCAGGCUAGUUCGUUUGAAGCACAAGCUUAAGAAGCUUAAUAGGGACAGGUUUGGAGAUAUUGGUUCUGGCUACCGAUCGGCUAUGGAAGCUCUUCAAACUGCCCAACUUCAGGCUCAAGAAAAGCCUCAAGACUUUCAUCUGCAGGAGGGUGAUAUAAAUUCCUCUUUUUUUCACGCUUUCCUGAAGAAGAGGAAAGCUGAGAACUCCAUUACUUCUUAUAUUAAUGAUCAAGGGUUAUUGAUAGAAGACUUUAAGGAGGUGGUAGGCCAUUUUGUGGAUCAUUUUAAGAAUCAUUUGGGCAGUUCUAGUUUGGCCUCAGGAUUAGUAGACCAAAGUUGUAUGGCUUUAGGCUCUAAGCUUACUGUGGAGCAGCAACUAUAUCUUUUAAAGCCUUUCUCAGCCAAGGAAAUUAGAGCUGCUUUGUUUAGUAUUCCUAGUUCUAAAUCGCCUGGUCCAGAUGGUUAUGGUUCUGGUUUUUUCAAAUCUGUGUGGAAGCAUAUAGGUUAG